AUGGAAAUAAAUUCGUUCUCACAUAAUGAAACACGACUUUUAGUCAUUAACGACGAGGUCGUACAAAUUACUUUUAAGUUGCAUAAUGAAUCGGAUAUUUCACUCUAUACAGAAUACCAUGAUUUACAAGAAGAAAUCAAACAAGUUAUUAUAGCAUUUGUGAAGUUCAUGGACGAGGAUCAUAUCGUUGACGGCGAAGGAUAUUAUUUGCUUUGCAAAAGGAGUAUUUGGAAUUUUGGAAAGAAUUAUAUUUUUUAUAAAAAUGAUCAAGAAAUUCUACCUCAUCAAUAUAAAUAUAAUUUCGAAUUGGAAUUUAUGAGCCAGGUUGUCAACAGAGGUAAAAAUAAAAGUAUAACUGAUAGCGACAAAAAUAAUGAUUCUAUUUUAAGAGAAGUGUCUUUUGAGGAUAAUGCUGGAAUGCCAAAGAGCAAUAAUAAUGCUGUUAAUCAAGAAAUGUUACAGCAUGUGACGACAAGGACCAAUAUUUUACCAGUUGAGAAUCGGGAUACGAGAAAAGGGGCAACAUCGAAUACAAUGAACUUACGUACACCGUUAUUGAUAAAUCGAGAUAAGAUACAAAGCUUCGCGGAAAAUACGUAUAUAACACCAUUUGAUAAUCAAAAACAUAUGCAAAAACCAGUUGACAGCGCAUAUGAAUCAUUAUUUAAUUAUCGUGAAUCCAUGGAGAAAAACGCGUACACGACUCCGAUUGAUAACCGAGGGUAUAAGCAGGAAUUCGAGAAUCUAAAAUAUUCAGAAUUUCUACGUCGUUCUAUGGCCAAUACACAUAGAACUACGUUUGAUUAUCAAGAGAUCUUGGACAAUGUUAGUGGAACUUUAGGAAAUUUGAUAUUAUUCGCUGAAACUUUUGAACAAACAUCUAGAGAAUCAUCUCAAGAAUCAUUCAUAAGAUGCAAUAGGACGAGUCAAAAUUCUCUUGAAUCUACGUCAUCUUUAGACUUUGGAUCACAGACAAUUUCCGGCAUUUCAAAAUCACAAUUCACAAUGCCAACAAAACAAAUAUCGAAUAAAUCUUAUAGCACGGACGAUCAUGGUAACGAUGGUGAACCUUUGACCCAAAAUUCGUCGUCCAUUAAUUUAUUAAAUGAAACAGUUGAAGAAUGUGAAGGUGACAAUACCAUUAUUAGGUAA